AUGCCGAACAUUAAUAAUACCUGCGCUGCCAAUGACGAAUACGAAGUCAUUGGCGAGACGCAGUGGCAAAUAAUCGAGAGCAGCGGCGAUGAACAAACCAUCAACAUUCAUGGCUUCAAAUAUUCUAAAUUACGCGCUACUUUAUUACACACCGUGUGCAUAUUACUAUGUGGCUUACCAUAUUUUGCAUUGGCUUAUUACCCGUCCUACAAUCGAUUCAAAUACGUAAAAUGCAGUCUGAAAACGGCUAAGGAAAUUUGUGUUAUCGACUCAGAUGGAGGAUGGACUACAGAGAAAGUGCUUGAAGUCGACCUGAACUUAUCAAACCAUAGAGAUAACAGAUUGCGUUACUUUAUGUUCAAACACAACCGGUUCAUUUGGCUUAACGACCAAGGAGUUUUUAUUAAUGUUCUUGCACUCAAUGAGAAGCUUACUAUCCAACUGCUGAUGGAAAAUAUGUCUGGCAUAAAUAAACGGCAGCAAAAUGAAUUGAUCAAACUGUAUGGUACAAAUUCUGUAGAAGUGGAAGUAAAGAGUUACUGGACGCUGUUCGUUGAAGAAGUUUUCAAUCCUUUUUAUUUGUUCCAAGUUUUCUCUAUCAUUCUUUGGUCUUUGGAUGAGUAUUAUCAGUAUGCGACCUGCGUUUUCCUGCUAUCCGUUGCUACCUGUAUGCUGGCGCUAUAUCAAACUAAACAGAUGAGCAUCAAUCUCCACAAAAUGGCUGGUUCGACUAGUGCAUUUACUGUCACCGUGCUACGACCAACUCGUAUGGGCCGGGAGGAGUGCGUAGUGAACGCUAGUCGACUGGUACCCGGCGAUGUAUUAGUUCUACCACCUGAUGGCUGUGUGAUGCCUUGCGACGCUAUGCUGCUGACCGGAACCUGCAUUGUCGAUGAGAGUAUGCUAACAGGCGAAAGUGUGCCAGUAAUGAAAGGUCCUCCUUGCUCGUCAUCAGAAAUAUAUUCUACUGAAGGGCACAAACGUCACACAUUAUUUGCUGGCACUCAUGUUAUGCAAACUCGAUUCUAUGGCAACAAUCAGGUUCUGGCCAAAGUCGUACGCACCGGUUUUUACACAGCUAAAGGAGAGUUGCUAAAAAGUAUUUUGUUCCCAAAACCCUUUGGAUUCCAGUUCUACAAAGAUGCCGUCAAGUUUGUCAUAUUCAUGUUCUGCAUUGCCGCGAUUGGAAUGGGAUACUCUAUCUGGCUGUAUGUUGUUAGAGGAAGUUUGAUAGGCACAAUAGUUCUCCGCACUCUGGACAUCAUCACGAUCGUAGUACCGCCCGCGUUACCGGCCGCCAUGACAGCUGGCAUAGUAUACAGUCAAAAUCGGCUCCGUAAAAACAGAAUCUUCUGCGUAUCACCUCCCAGGAUUGUAAUUUGUGGCAAAUUACAAGUUAUGUGUUUUGAUAAGACUGGCACCCUAACCGAAGAUGGAUUGGACUUCCAUUCAGUAAUACCGUUACGGUCUGGGGAGAAGUUUGGAGAAUGUGUAGUGGAAGUUAGCAGUCUGGCUGUGACCAGCCCGCUCAUACAAGCCCUGGCGUCCUGUCACUCUCUCACCAGCAUACAGGGACAGUUGAAGGGAGAUCCUCUUGACUUGAAGAUGUUUGAAUUCACACAGUGGGUACUCGAAGAACCAGGACCUGAAAACACACGAUAUGACAAUUUGACACCUGUCAUCGUGAAACCUGCUACUUCUGCUAAUGGAUCUAUGCAGAAUCUAGACGACUUUGAUCCUUUCACUAUGGAGAUUCCAUAUGAGAUCGGUUUAUUGCGGCGGUUCCAUUUUUCAUCGGCACAACAAUCUAUGGGUGUUAUAACCAAUGUGCUGGGACAGCCACAAAUGGUUUACUUCGUCAAAGGUGCUCCUGAGAAGGUGGCUGGUAUGUGCAAUCCGGAAACACUCCCAGAGAAUUUCAGUUCGGUUCUCAAUGAGUAUACAUCCAACGGUUUUCGUGUAAUCGGUCUUGCGCACAAAAAACUCGAUCGUAAAAUGAAAUGGGUCGAUGCACAACGGGUCAAGAGGUCCAACCUUGAGUGUGAUAUGGCGUUCUUAGGUUUUCUAGUCAUGCAAAAUAGCCUGAAGCCAGAGACAACUCAAGUGAUUAGAGAACUUCAUGAAGCUUCUAUGAGACUGAUUAUGGUCACUGGGGAUAACAUAAUGACUGCAAUGUCUGUGGCUCGAGGCUGUCUCAUGGUGCAGCCACAUCAGAAACUGGUCCUUAUUACCACUGGACAACCGCAGACCAAUGACUCACGCCCGCCUCUUUGUAUGGAGGUGGUAGGCGAAGGCGCACCGCCUAAGUUGGCAUUAGAUGCCUAUGUGUUAGCUCUCGAGGGUAAAACUUGGGCUGUGAUACGUACUCAUUAUCCCGAGCUAAUGCCGGUGGUGCUCGCUAGAGGCAUGGUAUUCGGUCGUUUCGGUCCGGACCAGAAGACGCAGCUUAUAACCGCGCUGCAGGGCGAGGACGUCGUGGUCGGGAUGUGCGGGGACGGCGCCAACGACUGCGGCGCGCUCAAGGCGGCGCAUGUGGGCAUCUCGCUCUCCGAGGCCGACGCAUCGGUGGCUGCCCCAUUCACGUCUCAAGAGCAGAAUAUAAAAUGCGUGAAACUCCUCGCUUUGGAAGGGCGUUGUGCUUUGAGCACAUCGUUCGCUAUCUUCAAAUACAUGGCUCUUUAUUCACUAAUUCAGUUCUUCUCUAUACUGAUUUUGUAUAAUUUCUACUCAAUCCUCGGCAACAAUCAGUUCCUGUACAUCGACCUGGUACUGACGACACUCCUGGCGCUGUCCCUGGGCCGCGCGUCCCCCGGCCCAGUACUGACGCGCCAGUCCCCGCCCGUGUCUCUCGUCGCUCUCUCUAGUAUCUUGCCACUCAUCAUACAAGUCUCAUUGGUGCUGGUGAUGCAGGUUGCGUCCAUUUAUUUGCUGUAUGCUCAACCUUGGUUCAAACCAGUCGAAGGGGGUCCCGACGUAGAACAAGUAUUGUGCUGGGAGAACACAGUUUUGUUCAUAGUUACUGCAUUCCAGUACUUAAUUAUGGCCUGCGUCUAUGCCAAGGGCUGGCCUUUCCGACAACCUUUCUGCACAAAUUAUUAUAUGAUGAUAACGUUAGUUACACAAUCAGUGUUCGUGACGGUACUACUGCUGUGCCCGUGGCAGUGGCUGGCAGACUUCAUGGAAGUUGAAGCCAUGGCGUCGGCUGACUCUGAACAAACUAUGUUCCGUAUCUAUCUAUUGCUAAUACCUGCCCUUCAUAUUAUACUAGCUAUAGCUGUUGAGGCGAGCUUAUCGGACUGCGAGAAGUUCUCUCGCCUAGUGCGCAUGAUGCGGCGACGUUGCGACAAGGCGGCGGAGGGCGACGCGGCGCGGCCUCUCUGUGUGCCGUCGCACCUGCAGCUGUGCUGA